AGAGCAACUAUUACAAUAUUAAUCUCUAGCUAGCUACUUGUCUUCACUGCCUCGAAUCCAGGGCCUUUUCUCAAAGCGGCCAGGAUUCGAGGAUCUCUCAAGAAAUGGUCAUUUAGAGACCACACCCUUUUGCUUAUUUCAUGCCUGAUUUUCUGUUGUUUUCAAGUUGCUGUACAAGAUUUCACGUUGUUGCCAGCCCCUCGGAUCUACCUUCAGAACUAGAACCUGGAUCAUAGACUCCUAGUCCUGUGUUCAUGUCAAUAAAAUCUUUGAUAUGGCUGAAGUUCAAGCAAAACUUUCUAUGAAAGAAGAAAUUAACUCCUGCUCCAUUUGUAAGGAUAGCAUGAAAGAGCCGAAAGUACUACCUUGCCUCCAUAUUUUCUGUAAAUCACCUUGCCUCGACAAACUAGUGGUCCGGGGUCACAAGGGACAUUCGCUCACCUGCCCCACCUGUCUACACCUUGUUCCCCUACAAGACAAUGGAAUCGAUGGGUUACUAACAGACUUUCAUACUAAUAAAAUUCAAAAAGCUCAAAAAACAGUUGAAAAGGCUAAGGCUACCAAUUGCGAAAAUUGCACGGAGGACAGAGCGACCCAUUUCUGCCUGAAUUGUAAGCUAUUCAUGUGUGAGAAUUGCACAGACACACAUAGAAAAUGGGGAGGCUUUCGUGACCAUGAAGUUGUAUCAGUGAGUAAAGUGGAGGCAGAGUCCAUCAGUGUAAUGUCAAGUUGCCAAAAACACACAUUAAUGGAAGCUAACAUCUAUUGUAACACUUGUUUCAAUGUGAUAUGCAGCGAUUGUACAGCCAGCUUGCAUAAAGGUCAUGAUUAUCACCUUGUCGAUACAAUAUUUGAGAAACACAGGAAACAACUAGUUUCAAACCUUGAACAUCUUAAACAAAUGCUAAGCAAAGUCGAAGAAGAUUUGACGAAUAUCGAUUUAAAGGCUAAAGAUAUCGAUAUGAAGAAAUCGACUGUUGAAACAGACAUCCACAGGGAAAUUGAUCAGUUGCAUCAAAUUAUUGACCAGCGAGGAGUGGAGUUAGUUAAAAGCCUGAACUUGCUCAUUCAGAAUCAGCAAAAAGUGUUAACCACCCAAAGGGAUCAAGUGCAAAAUAUGUAUGUUAAGAUUACCAGAUGCCUUGAGUAUUCCGAGUCAAGACUUGAAACUGGAACAAAAAUCGAGCUGAUGCAAAUGAAAACAUCUGUACAGAGAAGAAUCGAGCAAAUUAGCAUGGAGCUUAAUUGUAGUACCAGCGCUACCAAACCUACUGUAGAGCCCAACAUUGAACUGAUUACAAAUCCUCACAUCAAUCGAGCUUGUGAAGAAUUUGGGGAAAUAAUUGGAGGCUUGGAGACAGAAGAAGACAACACUUACGAUAAUAUUGACGACCUAGUGAUUCAAACUGCAGACAAUCAAGCCUAUGGAACCGUUGACGACGUAGUGUUUCAAACUGCAGGCAAUCAAGCCUAUGGAAUCGUUGACUACAUAGUCCAAUCGAGGCAUUUCACAAGUACACAAAGCCGUGUACCAUCGACGGAAAGCCUACAGAGGCCACUAACAACAAUACGAGGACGUAACGGCCCUUUCAGUGUAGUGAGCACAAGAGGUAGUGAAUUGAUAGUGGUAGAUAGUCAUACAAACGUUGUUUCUGUACUGUCGGCCAAUGGGGAGAAAAAAUUCAGCUUUGGAAAACCAGGAUCAAAGAAAGGGCAGUUUAAGCGCCCUAGUGGGAUAAUUGUUGACCAAAACGACAGCAUGUACAUAGUAGACAAUGAAAAUCAUCGAAUUCAGAAAUUCGACCCUAAAGGAAAAUUCAAAGCAGCUGUUGGUAGGCUUGGAAACCAUGCCUUGCAGUUUCAUUCUCCAAUUGGGAUCUGCCUAAAUCAAACGACUCGCGACAUUUAUGUGUGUGAUCAGAAAAACAAUCGAAUACAAGUACUUACAACUGAUCUAAAGCAUGUGAAAUGCUUCGGCAUUCAAGGAAUUUCUGUUGGGAAGUUCAACUAUCCAAAAAAUGCUGCAUUUGAUAGUUUUGGCAACUUAUACGUGACUGAUUGUGGAAAUAAUCGAGUGCAAGUCUUCACGGCUGAUGGUCAAUUUCUAAGAGCUUUCAUUGCCAAAGCAAACGGUGAAAAGUUGGAGAAACCAUACGAUAUUGCAAUAGAUAGUCAGAACACAGUGUACGUGAGUGAGAUCAAUCAAAAAGAUGUGGCCGUUUUUACAAUCCAGGGUGAAUACAUCAAAGCAUUAAAUGUGAGAGAAGAUCGAAAUCACGAAGAAUUUAGAGGUGCGUAUGGGCUUUCUGUUGACCACAGUGACUGUUUAAUUGUAGCCGAAGCCUGCGUGUAAGCAACAAGCAGCAUUGUAAUCGAGUAUAUAAUUAUAUAUGGACAGUUUGACAGUUAAGAUUAAACAGCACAUGCACUUGAUGCCUGUAGUAUAAUUGUUGUGAAGUACAUUGACAGCUGUAUAAACCGCUAUAGUUAUUCUUAUUUUCAAAAAUAA